AUGUCUUGGGUUAUUUUAUUGUUUGAGAUAGUUGCUAAAAAUCAUAAGAAAAUACAGUCUAGUUAAAAAUUAAGAGAAGUAAGAAGCAUUCUAAAAGCUAUUAUUUCAAUCAUUGAGAUAUAAUUGGGAAUUUCUUAGUCAAAUCACUUAGUAAUAUCCUUCACCUAACUUGGAAAUUUCUUGGAAUAUAUGACACUCAAAGCCAUUACUAUACAUUACUAAAUCAGGCCUUCAUUUGAUAUUGCAGGGACCUCCAAUUAGAAUAGCACUCUAGCUAUCCUUUCCAAUCUAAUCAUACAUUCGGGUCACAAAAGCCCUAGAUUUUCAAUCCAUAUUGGCAGCCUUAAAGUCAUAGGGAUAGACUACUUGGAAUAAAAAGCACUAUAAUUAGCCUGA